AUGUCAAACUAUCUUCAACAGUCCACAACCAGUUCCCCUAAACCGGUUUUAACCAAAGAAGAACACGAGAGAAUGGUGAGCUUGCACGCGGAAAGUAUUGUGAACACCGUGGCUUUCCCUAUGGUUCUCAAAGCCGCCUUCGAGCUUGGCGUUAUCGACACGAUCGAUGCUGCAGGAAACGGCACGUGGCUCUCACCGUAUGAGAUAGCGGUUAGUCUCCCAACCAAACCUACCAACCCUGAGGCGCCGGUUUUGCUUGAUCGGAUACUGCGAUUACUUGUCAGCCACUCGAUCUUGAAGUGUCGCAUGGUUGAAAGCAGAGAGAACGGUCGAACCGGAAAGAUGGAGAGGGUAUAUGCAGCUGAACCGGUUUGCAAGUACUUCUUGAAAGAUAGUGACGGUUCUGGUUCUCUCGUUUCUCUGUUUAUGUUGCUCCAUACCGAAGUGUUUUUCAAGACUUGGACAAAUCUCAAAGAUGUAAUUCUAGAAGGAAAAGACGCAUUCGGCACUGCACACGGCAUGCGACUUUUUGAAUAUAUUGGUUCGGAUGGACAAUUUGCUGAGGUGUUUGAUUGCGCCAUGUCGAAACCUUCCAUCAUGGUCAUGAAGAAGGUUCUAGAAGUUUACAAAGGAUUCGAAAAUGUUAACACUUUGGUAGAUGUAGGAGGAGGGACUGGCACCACAUUAGGAGUGGAGCAUGUCUCCGGAGACAUGUUUAUAGAAGUUCCAAAGGGAGAUGCCAUCUUCAUGAAAUGGAUACUACAUGAUUGGACAGACGAACAUUGUAUAAAACUUCUAAAAAAUUGUUGGAAGAGUCUACCGGAAAAAGGAAAGGUGAUCAUUGUAGAUAUGAUUACACCAACGGAGCCAAAGGGUGGUGAAAUUUCCUCUAACAUUGUGUUUGCUAUGGACAUGUUGAUGCUAACACAAUGUUCGGGUGGUAAAGAGCGAUCGCUUUCGGAGUUCGAAAAUUUAGCAUUUGAUUCAGGUUUUCUCCGAUGUGAAGUCAUUUGUCUUGCAUAUUCAUAUUCUAUUAUUGAAUUCUACAAAUAG